UGAAAGUCCAAUAAAGGAAUAACACAAUGAAUAUAGGAAGUUAAAUCACUGCUGCAGCAGCAGCCUUCAGUGUGUUUUAAGAUGUCUACUCCUUAUUAAUCCCUUCAUGUUGAGUGUGUGUCAAAAUUUUGGGAAACCCAGUAUUUUGCUCCCAUCAUAAGAACUGCUGAUGGCAUCUUAGUAUAGUUCCAUGAAGUCAGAGAAUUAAGAUUGAGACAAGAUAUUAUCUGGGUUUUCAUUUUAAACGUUUCGUGUAUAGGAGAAGAAAAAAAAAUGUGCUCGUAUUCGCGGAGAGGAAAGCGAGCUCUCAGUAGCAACAACGCCAUUCGCAUCAAAGCCAAAGAGCCGAAUCCCUACCUUUUCCGCAUAGAGCGUAGGAAGCGCGCCGCGCCUACCUUAGCUCACGACUUCGGCAAGGGGUCGCCAUGUUCCCGAUGCGACCAUAAAUGCCCGGGACUCGAACUCCACUACUGGAAAGACGUGUGUCUCAAUUGCGGGUGUCAUUUGAAUGAUCAUUUGUCGGCCCUGCAACACACGAGUCGGUCCAGUUCCGCGGAUAUCGGCAGGAUUUCCCAGAGGCCCGAUAAACCGCUGUCGAAAAGCAGCGCAGGCACUUCCAGAGCCGAUGGGAGUCGUAGAACGCAAGAUGGUACCGAGGAGGGUCUGGAUGAAAUUGCUGUUGAACCUGGCAGAACCCGCCAACUUGCCAUGAGGUUCCAGGACCUCCUGGGUUCCAGGGAUCAGGGCCCAAGGACAGAGGAUUAUGUACUGCCAGAUCUGAAUGCAAGUUCAUGGCAAACACACAACUCGCCAGUAAAGACAGCUGCAGUUCAGAAGGCUGAACAGUCCAAGUUGUAUGAGCAGCUUCCAAGACCAACGACUACCAAUCUAGUGACAGUGACAUCUAGCGCCGAAGAAUCCCGGGCUGCUUCGGAAACUGCUGUCCAGAGCGAUUACGUGGACAGCUUAGGCAUCAAAGACAAGCGUUUAAGAUGCACUGAAUGCCGGAGAAUUUUCGCUCCUGGACAAACAGCCAUUGUUGUAAAUGACCUGCACCAAGUAUAG